AAAGCCGCGCUGACAGAUCGCAGCUCACGCGGGGUUCAUAUUGGAUAUUUUCAACAGAACGUGCGCAGCCCUCGCGCGCUUAUAUGCGCUAAAGAGCUGCGACGGUGGGCUCUUCUUCUUCUUCUUCUUUUUACUCCCACGUAGACGUCCAGCCUUCACACAGUUGUUGUUGUUGUUUUUUAACAUAAAGAGCAUUUGCUAUUAAAGGGAGCGAAGAAGACUUCUGAAAAAAUGCUGAUUUGUCGGAGGUUGGUGCAGGGCGGUCGCUAGGUCGCAGCUUUCGGUCAAGGCCAACAUGGAACGAGAGGGCUCAUUUAGGAGGAGUCUCCACAAUAAGCUGAGGUUAGGCAGCAGCUCGUCCUCCAGUCUGACCGACCUCUCGCAGGCGAAAACCCCAGGAGGAGGGGAUAAGGGAGGGACAGCUGGAGGACUGGGUGAGGAGUGCAGCAGGGACAGAGGGACCCAGCAGAGGAGAGCCGGGGCCAACGCCACCUGGAACAGCAUCCACAGCGCAGUGAUAUCAGUUUUCCAGAAGAAGGAUCUGGGGGAAAAUGAACUCUACACUCUGAAUGAAGGUGUCAGGCAGCUGCUGAAGACGGAGCUGGGCUCCUUCUUCACUGAGUACCUUCAGAACCAGCUGCUCACUAAAGGCAUGGUGAUACUGAGAGACAAGAUCCGCUUCUAUGAAGGUCAGAAGUUGCUGGACUCCCUGGCCGACACAUGGGACUUCUUCUUCUGUGAUGUUCUGUCCAUGCUGCAAGCCAUCUUCUAUCCUGUACAGGGAAAAGAGCCAUCAGUGCGUCAGUUGGCUCUCCUUCACUUCAGGAACAUCAUCACCCUCAACCUCAAACUGGACGAGGCUCUGUCUCGACCCCGAGCCAGAGUUCCACCUUCUAUCAUACAGAUGCUGCUAAUACUACAGGGAGUCCAUGAAUCUAAAGGUGUUACAGACGACUACCUUCGUCUGGAGUCUCUCAUCCAGAAGGUGGUUUCUCCUUACCUCGGGACUCAUGGGUUAUACUCCCGAGAUGAAUCUUCCAAUCUGCACGGCUCCUCGUGCCUCUUAGAAAAGCGUUUGCAGCGCUCCUGGCCCUCCAAACCAGGCAACUCCCCCGUCGCCAAAAACCCAGUGGUACGCUCUAAGAGCUACAACGUUCCCAUGCUGACCCCCGUGGUGGAGUAUGAUGUGGACUCCAUCACAGGUGGCGGCACAGGUAUCAGACGACACUCCGUCUCUGAGAUGACUUCCUGCUUGGAGGAGAGCAUCUCUUUGGCUGAAUCCACAAACACCGCCACCAAUAACGCCAGCACAUCCAGCCUCGCCAACAACUCUCCCGUGUUCACAGCCUCUGCUUCACUUUCAGACACUGUGACGUUCAGCCAGGAGCUCCGGCCUGGAGACGCUGACAGUCCUGCAGGUCCUCACCCUCUCCAGCAACAGCAUCACUCCCCCUGCAUCCUCCCAGAGCCUUCCCCAGGCUCGCUGGUGUCACACUCCCCCGCGUCCUUCAGAGAGGCUCCAGACACGAGCUCCGGUCCCAGUAGUCCUUCGUCCAGCUCGGAGUUCAUGGCGGGCCACGUCCCCGAGUCUUUGGACUCGGAGCCGGAGCACGAUGGUAUCUUUCUGGAUUUCUCGCAACGCUGUUCUGGAGGGUCGGACGCACAGCAGAGUGUGGCAUGACACACACACACGUGAACACAUCUAAGGAGAUACGCACUGAUGCAGGGACGUGCAAAUAAUUCUGAGCCAUGACGACAUUCCUUACACCCGGUGACACUUCCUGCUGUUUUAUGGAGACUCAAGAUCAUCAGGGAUCCUUUCAAACUAAAUUAUUGUUUUAGAAGAUGUGCUCAGCCAUCCCAAGAAGCAAGUCCAACCUCAUGCUGACUCGUAAAAAUAUAGUUUUUGCCUUUUUUAAAGUGUAUGCCCUUAGCUGGAAACAUCAGCACGGGCCUCUCUGGGAAGCUAGAACCACAUCGCUCCUCUACUCUGUCAGAGGGGAUUUUUCAGUUUUUCCUUAUGAAUGAAAACUUCACAACCCAGGGGCACAUGCUGAAAAAUCAUUGUCAAAUAUGUCUUCAAGAGUAGGGCUAUUGAAUAACUUGUCAAAUUCAAACUUUUUUUCCAACACUUGUAAAAGAAACUCUUCAGUUUGACCAGUGAUGCUUCUAUAUUUUUUGGUUGAACUUCAACUUGUUUUAUUAACUGAUGAUUAAAAUAUUCAUACGUAUUUUACACUCUAAACCUGUAUCUGUAGUAUAUUGAGUGAGAUGUAUUUUCAAGCAGUUCAAGGGAAGAAGGUACUAGAAAUGGUUCCAAUGUAUCUCAAAUCUUCUGAUUUUAAGCCUCAUCUACAUAAUAUCUGUGGCACAUUUCAUGUCCCAUUGUUUUCUGCUGCUUUGAUGUUUGAUCCAUAUUUUCCUGGUGCUAUCAAAAUAAUAGCUGGCUCCCAGAUAUUAUCAUAGCAUAGCUUCAGUUACUUUUUGAUUAAAUUAAAUCUUAAAUGAU